AAAAUCCAUUAUAAUUUUCCUCAGUGGAUUGGCUGGUAGCUGAUAUGGUGUCCAUCAGAGGAGGUUCCCUGGGCCAUCUCCGCUAUGUGAUGAAGGACACACUUCAGCUCAUCCCACUGUAUGGGCAUUAUUUUUAUGCACACGGGUGCAUCUAUGUUAAACGUGGAAAAUUCAACCAACAAAAAAUGAUUCGUGCUUUGGACUGUCUCAGGGAUCCAAGGAUACCAACUUGGCUGAUCAUUUUUCCAGAAGGCACACGUUACUACCCUGCUACACCCAGUGUUAUUGAGAAGUCUGAACAGUUUGCAAGGGAUAACAACUUAAAGGUUUUGAAGCACCACCUCAUCCCUAAGGUUAAAGGCACAUGGCUUGUAGCUGAGCAUCUGCAUGAUAAGUUUGAUGCUCUUUACGAUGUCUCCGUAUUCUAUGAAGGCUGUGUAAGCCAGGAUGGUGUUAGAGGAAAUGCACCGCAGUUAAUAGAAUUUCUGAUGGGAAAGUGUAAAAAGGUUCACAUUCAUAUUCGACGAAUCCCUAUGACAGAGGUGCCACAUGAGGAGAUGGCACUCAAGUCCUGGCUUCAGAAUCUUUAUAUAGAAAAGGAUGAAUUGGCAGAAAACUUUUUUACCAAGGAUAAUGAGAAAAGGGCAACUGUGCAGAAAAGGUUAGGUGGUCAUGUUUCUCGUCUUAGUAUUUGGUCAACUUUGUCCUCAUUUCUUUUCUUCACUGUCCUUACUGUGCCCUUUAUCUGCACCAAAAUUGGUCGUCAGCUCUACCUACAGCUGAUAGUGUAUGGUACUCUUGGAUCCUACGGCUGGCUAGCUGUUCGAUCUGUUUGUUAACUUUUUGCAGACAAAUUAAAAUGUUUUCCAAUAAACUAAGAGUAUUACACAAUAUUGUGAAUGCAAGCCUUUGCAUACUCAUAAGAAAAGCAACAAUGAGCAGUAACAAAUUGUUAGUACUGUAAAUGACCAAGGAUUUAUGAUAACUGAAAAUAUGUACCUAGAAAAGGGAUAAUUAAAGUAUUUUGGUAAUAAAUCAUGAUUUAUCUACCAAAAAUUUUCUCAUUCAGAGCUUCUUAAGAAAACAUUUUGUAAUCACAAAGAUAAAUUUAGAGUACGUAUGAUCAUACAUGUAUAUGAAUUUAAAUUGUGGCAUAAUUAGUUUGCUAUUAAAGUGCUAAAAGACCACUUAUAUGUGCAGUAGUAAGCCAUUAGUUGUAUGUAUUUAAAAAGCAAAGGACCAUAUAUGUCAGACCCGAGUACAUUACUGCCUGUUAUAUCCUCUAGGAUGACCACCGUUUAAAUAUAAAAGCUAAAAACAUUAUGAUCAAAUGUGUUAUUCUUUUUUCUGUUCAAACAGUAUCAUAUGAAGAUGAGAGGUAAACAUGAUAAGUUGUAUUUCAUUCUGUUCUAAUAUUAUGCAAGAUGUUACUUUAGUUAAAUCAAACCCUUGUUAUAAAGGUUAAUUUUCUA